UUAGUAGUAAAUAUUUUUACAACUGUGUCUAAAAAGCAGAACAUUGACUACGAAUCUCUCGUGUUUUCUUCAUACAUUUCCUGGUGUUAUACUCCGAACAACAUAUUUUUCUUAAAUGAAAAUUUUGGAAAAAAGUUGAAUGUAAAUCAAUGAUAUUGCUUUCAGUUUUCAAUUAAUUAAUAUAUAAAAGAUGGCAUCAAUGCAGUUUGUUUUGCAACCAUUACCAGGAACGGAUGAGCAAUUCAUUGACAGACUACGGGAAGUUUCUGAUAAAGUAAAUAAGUUUGGGUUUGGAACACAUCGUAUAUUUGAACAACUUAAAAUCCCAGUAAAGGAAGUUGUUAUUGGACCAAAUCAUAUUGGCGUCCUCUUGGAAGAUGGCAAAGCAUUUCGAGUUGCAUUUUCUAUUAAUACCGAACGUCUAGAUCUUAGUAAAAAUGAUUCUUCUAAAAGUGGCAGCAACACUACAAAUACGUCAAAUAAUUCUAAAGCAUCGGCUCCAUCAUCGUCUCGUCAGUUAGCUCGUUCACGAGCACGUCUAAUGCGAACAACAGGUAGGUCUAGUUCUGGUGGUCAGGGAUCGGGCUCUAGAAGUACUGGUGUUAUAAUUGGAGGCAGUUCUUCAAGUCGACCGCUUGUAACAGUUCCAGCCACUUAUGUUCCUGAAGAACUGAUUUCGCAGGCAGAAGUUGUACUUCAAGGAAAAAGCAGAAACUUGAUUAUAAGAGAACUACAACGUACAAAUUUAGAUGUGAAUUUGGCGGUUAAUAAUUUGCUGUCCCGUGAUGACGAAGAUGCCGAGGACACCGAAGAAGGGGGCGAUAAUUAUGUGCCAGAAGAUUUAAUAUCUCUAUUAGAUAAUGGCUUUCAUGGAGACAACAAUAGUGUAAUAAUUGAUCCAUCUGAUGGACUCUUCACAGAAGAAAUAUUUAGUAACUAUUCAAGCAUAAGAAAUUUAUUAUUUGAUCGCAUACGUAGCGAACGUAACCAAUCAAAUACGGGGUCUUCCGAUAAUAAUCAAUCAAGAGCAUCUGGAUCAGGAAGUAGUGUUUUAACUGGAGCUAGCAGUUUGUCUGCACAAAUUUCAUCAGUUAGUGCUGAAAGAGAAGCUUUUAGUCGUUGGCGAGAUCGGCAAUGUUAUGUUCCUCGUCGCUGGCUUAAUAAAGAUGACUACGUAUGGGAUAAGGAAGGAGAUGCAAAAAAGAAGGAUCCCACAUCCAUGAGCUCUCCAAUUUGGAUUUCGGAAGAGUUACAACCAUGGCCGGAUAAAAAUAAUACAUUAAAAUUCAAAAAGAUUGCAGCAAUUUAUUCGGAAUUCAUUGGUGUUUCCGAUAUUGGAGAACUUCAUCAAUGGCGCUGGACAGAUACAGAACCGUAUAAAUCAGAGGUUGAAAAUAUUUUCCAUCCCAAAACUAUAACCCUAAAUUUAACGGAGAAAAUUGAAUUUAUCUCUGCAAACUUUAUUCGUUGCUCGGUGGUUACUGAAAACAAUCGUGUUGCAACAUGGAUGGAUGAACAAUUAGGUUAUAUAGGAGCCAAGUUGGAACACGUUGCUACAUCGUUCAGUGAAUUUGUUAUGGAUCCAAUUGUUUCAGUGAACGUAUGUUCCUUAUAUACGGCAGUACGUACUGAAAAUAACAAUGUAUAUUGGUGGGGCGUUCUUCCGUUUGACCAACGUAGAUAUUUGUGGGAUAAAUAUCGCAAUAAAGCAAAAAAACCAUUUAAGGCUGUGGCUUCGGAUAUCGGCGUGGGCACUCAGGUUAUUAUGAAAAAGUGUCCAAAGUACCAGACUGGUUCCAUCGGGUUCACCUGUGCGAAUGGAGUGCCUAAGGUUGGCCAGCUGCUUAAUUCCGUUUGGGAUUCUAAUGACGUUUGUCGGUUUAAAAUUAUCAAUGUUACAUCAGUUCCAAGCAAUGAUAAAUCGCAACUACCAGGCAACAGUGCUGCACCCAGUACCGCCACCCUUACUCUAGACAAAGAAAUUACUAAACCAGUGACGGGACAAAGUUCGAGUUCCUCAAAAAGCAGUUCAUCUAAUAAAGAGACUACGGAUAGAAUCGAUAUGCCACCACCGCCUUCCCCAGCAUCUAGUACAUGCAGUGAUACGGGAAGCGUUACAUCUCACAAACGUACAAAACGAAUGGCUACCAAAGAUGAUAACGUCGACGCCAAAAAAGAUGAAGAAUUAUGGCAAUUGAAAGAUGUCGUAUUCGUUGAAGAUAAAAUUGGUCCUAUCGGUAAAGUUCUUAAAGUGGAUGGUGAUUUUGUUGCCGUUAGGUUUCCUGUGACAUCGGCACCGUCGCCACUGUCUUCUGCAACACCACCAUCCACUACAACAGGAGGAACAGUACCAACAGAGGGUAAGGAAGACGAUUGGCAGCAAUGUCGCCUACUUCGUCGUGAAGAUGUUCAAGUCUACAAGACUGCAAUGACUUCAAGGGGACCUGAUUGGCUCCAAAAACAACCGAAAAAGAUAAAUAUUAGCCACGGAAGUGAUCCAUCUGCAUUCCAGUUACUUUCACUCGCCGUAGACUUGAGGGGCAUACACGUUGUAAAGAAACUUGGCCCCAAACUACACUACAGUCUUUACAAUCUAUACAACAGUAAGCAAGAACAAAAUUGUCAAUUUCCAACAGACAGUAGUUCCUUCAUUGGCUCGUCUCCCAGCAACAUUUCGAUGAUUUGUAACAACGAUUGCAGUGGUAAUACUAGUACAAUUAUUCUUCGCGAUGGCAACCGUGCUCUAUACCCAAUGGCCAAAGAUUGUGUUGGUUCAAUAAAAGAUCCUCAGUGGUUUGAUCUUUCUCCAGUAAAAGCGGUAGCCAUGACUACAAUUUCAUUGGCCUCAUCGUUGAAUAGUAGCAACCAAAAAUCAAAGGUGUGCAUGACAGCCCUGUUAUUUGAGCCGCAAAAGGUGAUGCCGCAUAUUUUGCGGUGUGACGUUAAAAAUGCAUUUGCCACUUUGAACCGUUUAGAAAAGGAAGAUCGAAAUGAUGUCUUGUCAGUUUUAGAAGAACGUUGUGAUGGAGCACGAAAUAUUUUCCACGCCUGCACAAUAAUGUGUUCCCCCACUACAAACAAAGAUACAGAUGAAAAGAAAACAACUAAUUUUACAGGCAUUUCGUCGCGUUCAUCUCCAGCUGCAACAUCUGUAUUUUCCUCAAAUGUUUCCGCUGUUAUUGAAAAUGCUUCGGCUGGUUCGUCAGGCUCUAACGUCGCAGCCUCAACAUCUGGUUUUCCCAGCGUUUCGUCGGCCAUAACGAACUCUUCGAGCUCAUCAUCCACGCGUGAAGGCCGUACAGUAAGCCUACGAGAGAUGAUGAAUCGACUAAUUAACACAGACUUGGAACAAUCGACUUCAAGUGGUGGGAAUUUAGCACCCGGUGGAUCAAAUGUCGAAGAAAGCAAUGUUUACAUGGCCCCUUGGACAAUAGAGUCAAAUACAAAUUCUUCAAGUGCAAGCAUAAACGAUGUCGUAAUGGGAAACAGUGCUGAAGAAGACAUUUCGAAAAUUAUUGCCGGCUGCUCGAAUUCAAAUACAUUGAAACUUUCUUCACCAAACUACGUAUUCGAUCCCAUACAGCGAAGAGAAAACGCUACCCUGAUACUUCAGCAUAUGUGUUCAAGCCCCGCCUUGCGCCCAUAUCUCUACCAAUUACUCAGUAGUAAAGAUGCCCAGGGACAAACCCCAUUUAUGCUGGCUGUUUACAGUCGCGCAUAUGAGGCGGGUCUUAUAAUUCUAAAUACCAUACUGACACUUUCGGAGAAAGACACGGCAAUGAAAGACGCAAUGAUUUUUCCACCAGGUUCUCCACCCGAUCAGUCACCAUUACACGUAAUCUGUUACAAUGACACUUGCUCUUUUACUUGGACUGGCGCUGAUCACAUUAAUCAGAACAUAUUUGAAUGCAAAACAUGUGGUCUUACUGAUUCACUGUGCUGUUGCACAGAGUGUGCCAGGGUCUGUCAUAAAGGGCACGAUUGUAAAUUGAAACGCACAUCACCAACUGCAUACUGUGAUUGCUGGGAGAAGUGUAAGUGUAAAGCUUUAAUAGCGGGCAAUCAAAACAAACGAUUCGCACUUCUCUGCAAGUUGGCUUCCUGUACAGAUCUCGUUACAAAGUUCAACGCUAAGGGCGAAUCAAUACUGCUUUUCCUAAUACAGACAGUUGGACGUCAAGCUGUUGAGCAGCGUCAAUAUAGAGCAAAUGCAAGAGUACGCAAUGUUGGUGGCAAUGCUGGAAGCUCUAGCAACGGCAGCACAUCAGCGCGUAAGUCGUCGACAUCGAUUGAUUUGGAUGUCAAUAUGCCGGAUCACGAUUUAGAGCCACCCAAAUUUGCGAGACGAGCUCUAGAACGAUUGCUAAUCGAUUGGCAUGCUGUACGUGCAAUGAUAAUGACCGGAGCAGAAAAGUGCGAAAAUACGCCACAACAACCACCAAAUUCAAUUGAUGGUGCUAGUGCUGAAAACUAUAACAUUUACAUGCAAAAUCAAAACGGAUCCACACUGCUAGAUAAAUUCACGCACAAUCUAUUCGUCAAGUGCUCCGCCGAUCAUCUGGAUACUCUACUCAUGACUUUGGUACGAGAAAUGCAAAACGAUUCGGUAUCCGAUCGCAUGGAAGAUGCUGAAAUCGUUGCACGUCGCUUUGUGCGUUCAGUAGCGCGCGUAUACGUUAUUUUCAACAUGGAAAAGUUUCCAAAUCCCGAACGUCGCAAAUCAUUGUCAAUGCCUCACAAGCACAUCCAAAGUUGUGUAAAAGUAUUUCAGACAUUGCACAAACUUGCCAUACAAGAACUAUGCGAAGUAUCAGAGGCCCUUAUUGCACCCGUGCGGUUGGGUAUUGUUCGUCCAACUGCACCAUUUAUAUCAUCAUCUAACAUGGAUAAUUCGGAUGACUUGUUUAGUGUAGAACCAUUAGCACCAUCAUCGGCCGUCGAAUCAGUAAUCGAAACUUCUGCAGUCCAUGAAGCAAAUAGUGAACAAGCAACAGGAUUUAACUUCCAACCGAAUUACGGCAUUGAUGGGAUUGGUAUUAUCGCUCUGCGCGAUGCAUCCGAAAGUGAAGAAACUCCAAAUAGAGAGGGUGGUGCUCACAAUCAAGACGAGGAUAUAUUAGAAGCCAGUCGAAAUGAAGAAGGCAUUCAGGAUGACGAAAGCGAUAAUGAAUAUACGUUUAAUGAACCAGAAACCGAGUCUGAUUCAGAUGAUAAUCAAAGCAAUCAAGAUGCACAGCGAAGUGUACAAACCGGUGCUACAGUUGGAUCAGAAACAGAUAUUGGCGUUCUAUUUCUUGAAGACGAAUCGGGAGACUCGUCGCCUCAAGAAGAGGAGGGUUCCGAGGACGGUGAAACAGACGAUCAUGACGAUGAUGAAUUUACCUACGCCGAUCAUCAGUUGGAGCGUCGUAGCGCUAACUCUAAUAAUCGUAGUGACUUAGCCCCACAAUCAAUGCAGUGGGCAAUACGUAGUCGUGAUACAGCGCGGUCUUCUGUAAGAAUGCCAGCUGGCUCCAGUUUAGUGUUCAUAGAUCCAAUGGCAUUGCGCCGUUCCACAGUACCAGCAAGUACAGCUGUAGCUGCACCUCCUCAAGAGCAGCACACAAUGGCCACAACAUCGAGCAACUUAGCUCGUGCUUUUGGAAUAAUCGUUCGCCAAAUUUCCGAACUCUUAAGUAGUUUGGCAUACAAUAUUAUGAAUGAUAUUGAAACCUCUUUGAAGAUACAACCUGAAGAAGCCACUCAGUUGCAGGAAUUUGUUGAAAAAUGUUUAAAACCUACAUGGGAUUGGAUGUUCUCCGUAAUGGAUAGUACUGAAGCUCAACUUAAGUUUGGAGCAUAUUUAACUAAUUACACUGAUCCUUCACAUCCUCUGCAUCCAUUAAAUUUGACCGCACAAAACAACACAAAUCAACAAAACAAUACCGGAGGCAGCAGUGCAACUUCUGUAGGAAUUAAUAUUAUGGCCUCGACCUCUCGACGAGACUUUUUCACAUAUUGUUUGUCUCUCAUGAGAGCACAUACAUCUGAACAUCGUGAUGCUCUUCCGGUUUUGGAUAUAACAGCGUUGCGUCAUAUUGCUUACGUUUUGGAUGGAUUCAUUUAUUACAUGCGCAAUGAUACAAACUUCUAUGAGAAAAACGAGGGAAUCCAAAGUAGCUCCCUAAAUGUAAAUGAAAAUGACGAUACUGACGAUGAACUGUCUAAUAUAACAAGUGACGAUCCUUAUGGAGAAAUUGUUGGAGCUGGUUCAUCUCUUAAUGUAGCAGGAUCAUCAGGAACAUCUAGGCGUCAUAUAUUUUUUGCGAGAUCUGAUUCAACUUUAAGUCUUGGUUGUUUAGCUCCUGAUGGAUUCGAUUUGCCGCUUGAUGUCGCCAUUCCUUUAGCUGACAAACCACAUCUUUUGCAACCAAAUUCGAAACGACAGGACUUGUUUGCCAAUCUACCUUUGAUUGUAUCGCCUACAGAAAAUAUGGGCCAUUGUAGUGGUGAAUCAUCGUCAAAUACUCUCGACUAUCCUCCAACCAAACUAGGAUUUUCCUCGUACACUUCUCGCAGAGCAACCCAGAGUUCUCUUAAUACGUCUAUGGAAAUCAUUAAUACUAUGGAGGACGAUGAGGUCGAAGAUGAUAACGACGAUGUGAACAGUGGAAACCAAUUACCCAAAGCAGUAUGCUCGGCGAGUUUUCGGGUCAUUUCUGACUCAUCGUCUGGUACGGGUUCUCUUGAGUCCAGUAGUGGUGUUGGAGGAAAUGUUUAUCUGCAGCUGAAAAAGAAGCAAUAUGCAGAUGAUCCAAAAUCGCUGUCAGAGAAUCAAGAGAAAUUGGAUGAUCAAGACAAUAUGGAUGUCGAUAGUGGUAGUGUCAAUGACAUUAUAGAAAAAACACAGACCGAAAUUACAAACGCGACCCAUGCAACUGGUGUUAUUGCCACAAGGCCUGACGUUAUUAUAGUUCCCCAAAAAACUCAGCGGGGUAAUGAAUCUGAUUUAAUGUUGCAGUCAAGUAGCACUGGAUUUUCAUCAUCAUCAAUGGUACGAAGUGUUAUAGUACGGGCUGGUGGCGGAAGUGGUUCUUCGUUGAAAAUUCAAGACGAAGCAUCUACUUCUCAAAAAUCUAAAAUGCCAUACUUCUCGAUAGACGAUUCAGCUAAGAACAUGAUGAUGGGUCGAUCGGCAAGAAUAACUUCUUUCAUGUUUCCCGCUCGUGGUCAACACUUCUGUCAAAAAUUCGAUUCAAAUGAUACAUCUCCCUCAUGGAAUUUUUUGCUUGGUCGUUGGAAACUUACUCUGGAUCUCUUUGGCAGAGUCUUUAUGGAUGAUGUUGGCAUGGAGCAUGGAUCUGUUUUGCCCGAGUUGCGAGGUUUUCCUGUUAAAGAAAUGCGAUUCAGACGACAUAUGGAAAAACUACGUAAUGGGCAGCAACGUGAUUUAAUAUUCUGUAAAUUAGAACGCAAUCGUGAUAGUCUAAUAAUUCAGACAUUCAAGGAACUAAAUACUCAGUUUGGCAGUCAAAAUAGAAGGGUCCAUCCUCCUCUAACAUUUAAUCGCGUCAAAGUAACAUUCAAGGACGAGCCUGGCGAAGGCUCUGGGGUUGCUCGUAGUUUUUACACUUCAAUAUCGGAGGCUCUCCUAGCUAGUUCCAAAAUGCCAAAUUUAGAAUCUGUACAUGUAGGAAACAUUAUUGGUAAGAAUGGAGUUCCAUUUUCGAGUAUUUUACGCAAUCGUGGCGCUUCAAGUCGAGAUGGACCAACAUUGCAAAGGCGAGGAACUGGUAGCAAGAUUCUGUGGCGUACUGCUCGCGAAAGGAAAGCAUUAAAUUAUGAAGCUAGACCCUAUAUCCCAGUAUCGAAUAAUUCAGACAUUUCUGGUGAUAAUCCUAACGAACACUUGUCAAUGCAUUUACAGCAAUUGGGAGAACGUCUAUAUCCCAAGAUAUAUUCCUUAAAUACUGCAAAUGCUUCCAAAAUAACAGGUAUGCUAUUAGAAAUUCCAACGCCACAACUACUUUCCAUUUUGUCAUCGGAAGAGAUGCUGCGACAAAAAGUCAACGAAGCUCUGGACAUCAUAGCAUUUAAACAAAAGUCAGAAACCAGCAACACGUCAUCUUCAGCGGGGCAAUCGAAAAAAAUGAAUCCGGUAGUGUUACUAGAGCCAUGUCACGUAGAAGACAACGACCCUCUCUUCUAUAUGCCGGGUAAAAGAGGUUUUUACACUCCCCGUCAAGGUUAUGGCUCAUUUGAACGCAUCAAUGCAUUCAGAAAUAUCGGAAGACUUAUAGGACUUUGUCUAUUACAAAAUGAAUUGCUACCAUUGUUCUUGCAACGUCACGUAUUAAAAUAUAUUCUAGGCCGGAAAAUUAAAUUUCAUGAUUUGGCAUUUUUCGAUCCCAUUAUAUACGAGUCUUUCAGACAACUCAUACAAAAUUCUCAGACCGAAGAUGGUGAAGAGGCUAUCAUAAGAAUGGAACUAUUUUUUGUGAUCGAUCUAAUGAAGGAAGAGGGUGGUGGAAGUGUGGAGUUAAUACCAGGAGGUAGGGAAGUUCAAGUCACAUCUCAAAAUCUUUUCGACUAUAUCAGACGUUAUACGGAAUAUAGAUUAAUAAAAGCCCAAGAAAAAGCAUUGGAGGCCAUCCGAGAUGGUGUUUUCGAUGUUUUGCCCGACAAUUGUAUGCAGAGUUUGACCGCCGAAGAUUUGCGUUUGCUUUUGAAUGGCGUUGGAGACAUAUGUGUUACGACAUUGAUAUCAUAUACAACAUUUAAUGAUGAAUCAAGUGAGGGAUCAGAUAAACUUUUAAAAUUUAAACGCUGGUUUUGGAGUAUUGUCGAGAAAAUGAAUACAUUGGAACGUCAAGAUUUGGUAUACUUUUGGACGGGAUCUCCUGCUUUGCCAGCGUCCGAAGAAGGUUUUCAGCCGUUACCAUCUGUUACCAUACGACCGGCAGAUGAUACACAUUUGCCAACAGCAAACACUUGUAUAUCCAGACUUUAUAUACCCCUUUAUUCAAGCAAAUCAAUAUUGCGUAGCAAGUUGCUAUUGGCUAUAAAGUCCAAAAAUUUUGGUUUUGUAUAAAUGAACAAAUAAGAAAAAAAUAACUUUUAUUUGGCUCCAUUAUCUAUUAAAACUCUUAUCUGAUUAUAAAAGAAUGGAUUCUAAGAUUAUCAAACAUUAUUAUGUAUUUUAAUUUUAUUAAAUCUGCCCAAAAAAUUAAAUCAACAAUGAAUAAUUUUACUCUAAAAGUAACGAGGUGGCAAUGUUGUUUGUAGCAGAAAUUGUUAUUAGAAAUUAUUUACAACAGCCACAAAAUCAUUCUCCAUUCCUACAUAUAAUUUAUCAUAAAAUUAAGAAAUCGGACUUUUGUUGUUUUAUCUUUGGUAAAAUUAUUAUAUAAAUAUGUUUUUAUUAUUAUUUUUAAUUUGAAUAACUACCCUUUUGAAUUUGUGAGAACAUUUGCUAUAAAUUAUGUUGCUGCAUAUUUAAAACAUUUGUUUUUCUCUUUUUUUUAGUUAUAAUAGAAUAAAUUCUUAUUUAAGGGUAUUUUCCCAUUCUUAUGAAUAUUUUUAUAAACUUAAACACAAAUACGGGAAAACUUCAUUAUUACAUACAUACAAACUAUCCACACAUACACAAAUAUAAAUAUUAUAUACCUAUACAUAAAUAAUAUGAAUAAUAACUACGUACAUACAUAUAUUACUAUAUCUAUCAACUGAAUGAAUCAUAACUCUUUAGCAUUAACGAAAAAUGCAUUAAUUACAUCUUAAACAUUAUAAAUACAUAUAAUAAUGAAAGCAAAAACCAUAUACUAUUGUAUUAAAAGAAAAAUAAAAUGAAUUAAUAAAUUACAUCUGCUUUGAAAUACACUUAAA